UUUCAAAAGCAAGAUCAUACAUAAAAGGGAAAAGAUCGAUCGAACCUUUCGGUGCAACUGCUGUGCUUGUCGUUGUGUCAUCCGAUGAAAGCAGAGCACGAGAGAAUGCCUGAAGAGGAUGAUGAACCAGAGAUCAACCUGCUCAAGAAAGAACUUGGAGUCUCUCUGGCAAAAGUUGUUUCAUUGGAGAAAGAAAACCAGGAGCUAAAGCAGGAAGUAAGCCGUCUAAAAGCGCAAAUAAGCUCCCUCAGAGCACACAACAAUGAGAGGAAGACGAUGCUCUGGAAAAAGUUUCAGCUCUCCCUGGAUAGCAACUAUACAGAUGCAUCUCCAGGAGUAACCAGAACAGAUUUCCCAGAAUCAACCGUGGAAAAACCAAUGAAGAUACCGAACCCACCACCAAGGCCUAGUUCAGUCACUCCCUCUUUGCCCAAAGAAGUGAAAGUAAGUAAAGCUCCACCAGCACCGGCACGGGCACCGGCACCGCCGCCGCCGCCACCGCCACCACCAUCAAAAUCGCUAGUUGGGGCAAGAGCGGUGCGCCGGGUGCCGGAGGUGAUGGAGUUGUACCGUUCGCUAACUAGGAGAGAUGCCCACAAGGAGAACAGAAGCAAUCCUGCAGGAACUCCAGUAGUUGCAUUUACGAAGAACAUGAUUGGAGAAAUUGAAAACCGGUCGGCAUAUCUUUCAGCUAUAAAAUCAGACGUCGAAAGACGAGGAGAAUUCAUCAAGUUCUUGAUCAAAGAGGUGGAGUCUGCCGCCUAUAAAGAUAUUGCAGAAGUGGAGGCAUUUGUGAAAUGGCUAGACGGGGAAUUAUCUUCAUUGGUAGAUGAAAGAGCAGUACUGAAGCAUUUCCCACAAUGGCCAGAACGAAAAGCAGAUGCACUGCGGGAAGCUGCUUUCACCUACCGAGAUCUAAAGAGUCUUGAGUCUGAAGUUUCAAGUUUUGAGGACAACCCCAAAGAGCCUUUAACCCAGGCUCUAAGAAGAAUUCAAGCAUUGCAAGACAGGUUGGAGCAGAGCAUUGACAAUAUAGAGAGGAUGAGGGAAAGCACAAGCAAGAGGUACAGAGAUCUCCAGAUCCCUUGCGAAUGGAUGCUGGACACAGGCCUAAUUGGUAAGAUGAAAUUACGUUCCCUGAGGCUCGCAAAGGAACACAUGAAAAGGAUUACUAAAGAACUGCAGUCUGAUGAAUGCUCAUGCGAAGAGAAUCUUAUGCUUCAGGGAGUUCGAUAUGCAUAUCGAGUACACCAGUUUGCAGGCGGCUUUGAUGCAGAUACCAUACAAGCAUUUGAAAAGCUAAAGAAAGUUGGCUUGGGUACUGACAAUUGAUUGUGUUGCCGCUGAAAACCUUGCACAUGUUAGAAUAUGGACAUUGACAAGUUGUGGUAUCAGUGCACCAACAUGUUAAGUGUCCUAAAAACUACAUAAGUAGUUCAUCGUUUGCAUAUUUUUGAAUAUAUUUUUGACAAAGGUAAGUUUCAUUGAAUAUGAAGCCAAUACUUCCUAACUGUGUAG